AUGAGCGAGCUUUACGACGUUGUCAUCGCCGGUGCAGGUCCAAUCGGUCUCUUCCUAGCCUGCGAACUAGCUCUGGCUGGCACCUCGGUGCUGGUCCUCGAGCGUGAUCCUGGCCCUCAUUCACCAUGGAAGGGUGAGCCUCUGGGCUUGCGUGGCAUGAACACGCUUUCACUCGAAAGCUUCCAUCGCCGAGGACUCCUCAGCCGUCUUUGUGGACCCAAGGAGCGGCCCUUGUCUUACCAGAAAACCGGAGGCUUCCAGUUCGGCGGCCACUUUGCUGGUAUCUCGCUUAACGCCAACAAGUGGGAUAUGGCUCGGUGGAAAUAUCACCUUCCCGGACCGACCUUGGUGCCCAGUCCCACGACCAUCGAGCGUGUCGAGACCGUACUGCUGGAGCGUGCUGCGCAAUUGAAUGUGACCAUCCUAAGGGAUCAUGGCGUUACGAGGAUUGUGUCCGAGGACAACGCCACAGUCACCGUGGCAGCUGGAAAAGACCAGAUCUUUCGUGGCAAGUGGCUCGUGGGAUGCGAUGGCGGACGCAGCGUGGUUCGCAAGUUGGCCGGGUUCGACUUUGUUGGGACGGAACCCAAAUUCACAGGCUACGUGGUUCAGUGCGAGUGGGAUCACCCAGAGAGGCUGAAAUCGGGAUUCCACAUUGCAAAGGCCGGAUUGUACAUCAUCAGGGCGCCCGACACUCUGUAUAUGACGGAUUUUGACGGUGGCGCUUUCGAACGCACAGAAGAAGUGGGACAAGAGCACAUCCAGAGCGUCUUCGAGCGCGUUUCAGGAAUCACAGAUGUCAAAAUCACAAAGGUCCAUCUGGCCUCCACAUUUACCGACCGUUGCAAACAAGCCACAAGCUAUCGCAAAGGGCGUAUCCUCCUAGCAGGUGAUGCAGCUCACAUCCACGGGCCCCUUGGUGGGCAAGGCAUGAACCUGGGGCUGGGCGACGCGGUGAACCUAGGCUGGAAGCUGGCUUCGACGAUACGACGAGAAUCCCGCUCUGACGGCACUCCAGAAAACCUAGCACUGCUCGACACGUAUAAAAGCGAGCGUCACCCUGUUGGAAUGCGCGUGCUUGAGUGGACGCGCGCUCAAGCUGUCGUGCUGCAGCCUGAUCCCCAUGGCCAAGCCGUUCAGGGAAUCAUUCGCGACCUCAUCGACACCACCGACGGGACCAACUUCUUCAUGGGGCGCUUCUCGGGCAUUUCACAACGGUACAAACUCAGCGAUGGCGAGGCUUACGCACACCCGCUCAUUGGCUGCAGCGCCCCGGACUUUGAGCUGGUCGACGGCUCAAGAUUCGGAUCAAAGCUAGAAGACGGCAGGGGAGCCUUGAUCGAUUUUGAGGAUGAAGGGGCAUUCAAGAAUUUGCUUGUCAAUGGAAAAUAUGACGCUCGAGUAUCGUACAUGGGUACAAAGGCACAAGAUACGCGCGGACUACGCGCCUUGUUGGUCCGACCCGAUGGGAUUGUUGCUUGGGCUGUUGACGAGCAUGAGAACCCAGAUAUGGACGUCGUCAAGACUGCUCUGGAGCGCUGGUUCGAGUACUAA